AUGUCUGCGGCAUUUCGCAAACUGUCUGCCCAUCUUUAUACUUCAUGCACUAAUGCAUAACUGAAUUAGAAUUGAGGAAACAAUCUUAUGACAUCGAUUGAGUUUCUUUAUUAAUUAAUACAAAAAACAAAUUAUCAUAAUAUAUAAGUUACCAGAAAAGUAAAUCACAUUAGGAAUAAAAAAAUUAAAACGUAAAAACGGCAAAAUUAUCGAUGAAGACUGCCCCACAUCAGAGAUUAGUUAUGGUUGGUGAUCGCGACGGGUUGAAAGAAUUAUUGAGACGCAGAUUAGUUGAAUGUGGAUGGCGAGAUCAAGUGAAGCUGAUAUCAAAAGAACUAAUAAAGGAACAUGGUCAUGAUAUUACUUAUGAUAUACUACUGUCUACAGUUACAACCAAGGCUCGUACACUUGUACCAGAUUCAGUUAAGAAGGAACUAUUGCAGAAAAUCAAGAAUCAACUGAUAGCUCAAGAGGAAAAAUUAAAGAUUGUAUCGGAUCGUUGAAAACCUUAUAUAUUUUAUAAUUAAAAUUGUUCAUGUAUAAAAAUAUUUAUUUGUAUAUUACAAUAAUUUUUUGUCAUAAUAUGUUUAAUUAUAUACAAUUUUGCAAUGAAACAUCACAUUUAAUGUAAAUAUCAUAUAAAGUUACUUUUAAGGAU